CCACCCUGGGAAGUGGCUUCAUAUUGAUGGGGAUUCUGAAGGACAGUGAGUCUCCUGAGCUGCUCUGUGCCAUAAUCACAAUUCUGUACAUGUUGGCGCUGACCAGCAAUGGCCUGCUGCUCCUGGUCAUCACAAUGGACACCCGGCUCCACGUGCCCAUGUACCUCCUGCUUGGGCAGCUCUCACUCAUGGACCUCCUCUUCACGUCUGUUGUCACUCCCAAGGCCCUAGUGGAUUUCCUUCGCAGUGAAAACACCAUCUCCUUUGGGGGCUGUGCCCUUCAGAUGUUUCUGGCACUGACUCUGGGUGGUGCAGAGGACCUCCUACUGGCCUUCAUGGCCUAUGACAGGUAUGUGGCUAUUUGUCAUCCUCUGAACUACAUGGUCCUCAUGAGUACAAGGGUCUGCUGGCUCAUGGUGGCCACAUCC